AUGGUAAACAUAUGCAACGAGUUGUUUAGGCUUAAUUUAACACUUGUGCUGUUGAGCAGCUGUGCUACUUACCAGUUACAUGAAGAAGGUGAGUACCAUCUUGAUCUUAUUAUCGAGUACGGUGCUGUACCGGUGAUUGUACCACGAGUGGCUGGUGUUCACAAGUUGUUAGAGAGCUUCAAACCAAUCCAUGGAGUUCUACUCUGUGAAGGAGAAGACAUCGAACCUUCUCUAUAUGAGUCCGAAUUAUCUUCCCUAUCACCUCAAGAACUCGACGAGAUUAGAAAAACACACGCAAGUGAUACAGCUAUCGACAAGGAAAAAGACUCUAUUGAGUUUGCCCUAGCAAAGCUCUGCCUAGAACAGAACAUUCCUUAUUUAGGAAUUUGUAGAGGAUCACAGGUCUUGAAUGUUGCUUGUGGUGGAAGUCUUUAUCAAGACCUUGAGACAGAGGUCACAAAUUACGUCUCUUAG